CAAAUCAUCAGGUCACGCGCUUCUUCCUCAUCGCUCAAUAGUGCAUCAUUCGAAGUCUCAUUCAUUGAACCUCCGAGUCUCCUGUGUUACUGGCAUACUUGUUCUCUUAGCCAAUUACCAUUCUAGCGACGUCAUCUCCCGCUGGGAAUACCUUCAUCUUUCGCCGCCCACGUCACGCUGCUCUUUACUAGACAUCUGCAUCUCUUUGUGACUUUACUUUUGAUGCUACCGCGCAUCUCUUUUUGACCACUGUGAACAUAACCAAGCUCGCCCAUGAUGAGCUCGCUAUUACCGCUUAUCUCGGAAAUCCUUCCGAUGAUAAUGCCCGCCUCUGCCAACAUCACCCGCGCCAAACAACUCGAACCAACGCACCCAACUGUCGAAGGCCCUGUUAUUGAACGUCCAGCUGUUGUCGGAAAAUGCGAUAACAUGUGUGUAACUGUUCUUACAACGCGACCGCACUCCAAGUCUACAGUUCGACAUAACAGUGAACAGGAUACCAUCAUAUACGCCGUCUCGGGCAACGGCGUUCUCAUUGUGAACGAGGCUGUCAACUCUGAAUUAAAACACCAUGAUCUUGCACCCGGAGACUUUGCCUUUGUCCCCGCCUGGAUCGAACAUCAGGUCAAGAACGACACAGACGAAGAUGUCCAAUGGCUCAUGAUCCAAAGCGGUUCAACUCCUAUCCGCGCAGACUUGACAGAAUGGGGUGGCGAUGUGAUCCAGUCAAAGAAUUGAAGCAAAUGACGACGCAGUUUCAUUAUUAUAUCGA